AUGUCGGAGCAGUGGAACAUCCGCACUGGCAUCCGAGUCAACAUCCGCGUCUUGCAUUGCGCGGAUCAGUCACGGCAUGCGGUUGUUUGGAUGCGUCUACUUUACUUCGCACUUGUCUCUGUCCAACUUCUGGGGACAACAGCUCAGACCUGGUGCAACAAGAAUUAUCUGCCUGGGCAACCAAUCGUCCCGCCAGGCGGGCGAUUCCAAUACGACCAAGGGACUUCACGGGAUCCUUUACUGGUCUUCAGAUGCUCGCCAAUUAUGACCCCAUAUAUUGUGGGGGAGGAUUAUGAAGCUGGGAUCCUUGUUGAAGCUUUCACGACACACUCACUCCGGUAUCACAAUGCCCGGGCCUUGUCGUUCCCUUUCUCCACCCUCCAAGUCUCGAUCAGCGCAAACAACACUAUUCUAGCGCGCACGAGCAUCGAAGUCAACUCUUCAGCCGAGGUGUACUUCCCGCUUCUCAACCUGAGUCAUGCACCGCCAACAGCAACAAUCGAUUGUCUCGGGAGUAGCAGCCCAUCCGGCGACGCGCUCGGAGCGUCACCACAAACCUUCCAUGCAACUACAAUGAUAUCAUACUUACCCCGACCGCUGGGCGGGUCGGUCACCAAACGCGACGGAAGAACUGGGGCGCUUCUACUCCAAGGCCAAACAGGUUAUGAGCCUGUUUUCCCGUUCGGCUUUUACACUUCCUUCGACGGAUAUCUGGACGCCGAUCUUUCUUUGCUCGAUGAUAUCAAGGCACAAGGCUUCACAAUCGUCCACCCUGUCCCGACCUUUGGUGAUCUUGAGGCCCUGGAACGAGUCCUAAAUAGGAUGGAGGAGCUUGGACUACUUUUGGUUUACGACAUGCGACACACAUACAACAACCCCACCAAGCUCGCAGCCGAAGUUGCCCAGAUAAAAAAUCGGACCAAUUUGCUCCUCUGGUACACCGCGGACGAGCCAGACGGGACAAGCGAGCCUCCUGAAAGCACCCGCCGCGCCUAUGACCAGAUUUACUCGCUCGAUGGCGGAUACCAUCCGGUAUCCGUCACCUUAAACUGCGCCGACUACGAGUUUGCGGCCUAUUCUGGGGGCGCAGACGUGAUCAUGCCCGACACCUACCCCGUCGCCAACAACGCAACCUGGUCGAUGAAAUACAACACUUCGUGUUCGGCCGAUUUCGGGUGUUGCGGGUGCGACAACUGUGUGGGCCAACUGGAAGACAUCUCGCAGCGCCUCGACGACUAUGCAUUCAGACUGGAUGUCCUCGGCUGGACGCGUGCCAAAGCGGUUUGGGCUGUCCCUCAAGCUUUUGAGGACAAGAGUGCGUUUUGUGUGUUUUUCUUUUUAGUCAGCCACGACCUGCACAGAUUCUGGGCCCGCCCGCCCACUGGCCGCGAGUUCGCAGCAGAGGUCAUACUGAGCGUGAACCAUGGCGCGCGGGGAAUCAUGCCCUGGAUCGACCCGACAACCGAAGAUAUCAAGAGUGCUGCCUCGGCGCUCGCCAGGGUAUUCAACUCUGCAGAGGUUAAAGAAAUCUUGUUCAACCCGCAAGUGCGCUUCGAGCAGUCAAUCCGAGACAGGGUGGAUGUGGGCAAAUGGAGUGUGGCUGGCGCAACGUUGCUCAUGGCAGCAAACCCAAACCCACACAACACCACUGUUUCGGUAUCAUGGUCAGACGGAGUAGAAUCUCUGGUAUACGAUGGAGUCCGCCAUCGUCUCAGUGACCAGCAACUUGAAUUGCAAUUGGAGAGUCUGGGAUAUGGAGUAUAUCUUUCGAGGGCAAACAGUUUUGUGGUUCAGAAUCCAUCGCUAUGA